AUGCAGGUUAACAAUAGAGAUAUCUCAACCCUCCCAAUCCAGGGCCCCGGCCAAAGUGCUCGACAACCACAGGCACCGUUUGUUCAACCAGCUCAAAUGGCCAUGUUUGCACGGGUAACAUCCUAUCCCCCACUGGGACAACUCACUUGUCUCCAACCAGCGCUGGAGAUAUUACGGUCUGAAGAAGAUGCGCUGCGUUUUACGGUCACGAUCGAGUCCAGCAGCUCAUUCCCCGCACAAUCAUGGGAAGCGCAGAUCUGGCAUAACAUCACUAGCCCGGAAUGGGGAUCCCUGCCAUUGAAGAGAUGCGACAUGGGUUUUGCAGCCCUGAUGACGGGAAAUGAUAGCGACUACCACUACCAUCGCUAUGUAUUCUCAGAAGAGAUAUCCCUGCCAGCCGCAGGAGGUCAUGCACAGUUCACUGUCCGGUUUCGAACUGGCCCAGACACAGAAUGGCAGUGGGCUAAUCAAACACACCCCGUGAGCGAUGGUGAGAUUAUAUAUAGCGCACGCCACUCUGAUUUUGAAAAGGCUGUGUCCACGGAUGUCGCUGGAAGAGCUCCCAAAAAACAACUGGAGAAGUAUAUCGAUAACCUUCAAGAUGACUUGCAGAUUGAGUCACGGCUUAGUGAAGCUCCUGGAUCAGUCCUCUGGGCUCUUUCUGGUGAUAUAGAUGGUGCUCGGAAUGGAUCUUCAACUAUCAAACGACUUGCACUUGGCACCCCUUCGUCAGUGGUGAGGUAUUUCUCACUAGUACGUGUUUCAAGUGCAUGGUUAGGUCCUAGACAUGGCAAAAAUAACUUCCGGAUCACCGAAGAUGCAAUGUUGUGCUCUUUUCUGCGCGAAGAUGGCGUGAAUCUUGUUCUAUUAGCUGUUUCGGGAGUCAACGAUGUUUUGACUAUGUUCCAAUCAGGUGCGAAGGGUGAAGUUGUGAUCUCCGCAAAGAGUGACGAUUCAGAAGCAUCGAAGUUCCAUGUGCUUGUCAGCGCUGCAGAGAAUUUUGAAGUUGCUAUGUCUGCAUUGAUUUAUGAGGCACGGAAAGUGGUCAGGCCAUUUGCUGAUGGAAGUCAUCUUGAUUUGGAAGACUCAGUCCCGUUAUCUCCCCCCGGUGAUGAUAUGGUUCUUGUCGAGAAAGACCCAAGCGCACAGUGGCUUUCCGAGUGGUUUGACGGCCUCGCAUAUUGCACUUGGAAUGGACUGGGACAGGACCUCACCGAAGAGAAGAUCUUGCAUGCCUUGGACUCAUUGAAGGCCAAUGGAAUCAACAUCGUCAAUCUUAUUAUCGAUGAUGGCUGGCAGGCAAACGACAACGAAGGGGAAUCUCAAUUCAAGCAAGGCUGGAAGCAUUUUGAGGCACAUUCGAAAGGAUUUCCCAAAGGUUUAAAGCAUACCGUGGGAGCCAUUCAUCGAGCACAUCCCAAUAUUGAACAUAUUGCGGUCUGGCAUGCCUUACUUGGUUACUGGGGAGGCAUUUCACCAGAUGGGGAUCUGGCCCAAAGGUUCAAAACAAAGCAAGUGAGGAUCAAAGAUCCCGCCGCCAAUGGUCCUAUUGUGGAGAACCUUCCAGACGGAACAAUCCUCGCUAUUGAUCCCGAUGAUAUUAAGCGAUUCUACGACGAGUUCUAUAGCUACCUUACAUCUGUUGGCAUAGACUCGGUCAAGACGGAUGCACAAUUCUUCCUCGAUCUGCUUGAGGACCCAGCAGACCGCCGGAAAUUCAUGACUUCUUAUCAAGAUGCAUGGUCUAUCGCAUCACUUCAGCACUUCAGCACUCGGUCAAUCUCAUGCGGGUCAAUGAUCCCUCAAAUAAUCUUCCAUUCACAAAUUCCCACCAACAAACCGACACUUCCAUUGCGAAACUCCGACGACUUCUUCCCGAAUGUUGUUGCCUCUCAUCCGUGGCAUGUGUUUUGCAAUGCGCAUAAUGCACUACUCACCCGCUAUUUGAACGUAUUGCCAGACUGGGAUAUGUUCCAGACAAGUCAUCCAUACGCCUCAUUCCACGCCGCAGCACGCUGUGUAUCUGGAGGACCAAUCUAUAUCACCGAUGAGCCGGGCAAACAUGACUUGACCCUGCUCGAUCAGAUGACUGCACCUACCGUCAAAGGAACCACGGUAAUCUUGCGUCCCAGUGUCAUCGGACGCACGAUAGACAUGUACCACGACUACAGCGAAGGACAUGUUCUGCGCGUUGGAAGUUACACCGGCUGGGCCAAGACCGGAAGUGGAAUCUUGGGUCUUUUCAAUAUUCAAUCUGCCGAGGCCUCUAGCAUAGUCUCAUUGAUGGAUUUCUCAGGAAUCCACGAGGAUUCCGAAGGCCAGUAUAUCGUGCGCGCACACAGCAGCGGUAAGAUCUCGCAUCGCAUGUCUCCAACUCGGGACUCUUUGGUAUCAGUUGUUCUGGAGCCAAAGGGUUGGGAGAUUCUCACUGCGUACCCGACUCGGUCGUUUACGCUGAAGGGGAGCCAUGGUGAUAAUGUUAGCCGGACACAUGUGGCUGUGCUGGGCCUUUUGGGAAAGAUGACUGGGGCAGCGGCUGUAGUGACUUCGGAUAUAUCUGUUGUUGAGAAUGGCCGUUUACGAGUCGAUAUCAGCUUAAAAGCGCUGGGCACUCUAGGGAUCUAUUUCUCAGAUCUUCAAAACAAGACCAUUGCGAAGAAUUUCAUGGUAACUAUUCUGGGGUUGCCAAUUCCGCAGAAUACAGUGUGGAAGCAGGGUGGGGAGAAUGCCCAUGUGCUGGCAAUUGAUGUAUUGGCGGCAUGGAAAUCCAUGAAGUUGGACAGUGGAUGGAGUAACGAGGCUUUUGUGCAGGUUUUUUCGGCAUCGCUCGGCCAAGCGCCAUACCGCAGCCUUCUCGCCCCCCGUCGGAUCCCGUGUGGAGCGCGCAGCUUUGCCGCAACAACAGCAAUUCCGCUGCGCGGUGACAGCAAUCGGCCAGUAUUGUCCGCCUCGCAGUCUGGCACAUGCUUCCAACAGCAGAGAUGGAUUACACAAAAGUACAUUCAGCGCAUGAAAGAUGGGGAGAAGGAGUGGGCUGGGUUCGCGAAAGAAAUCAAGGCCGGGAACAGGAAGAACUUCGCGCAACACUUGGAGGAGCGAGGGUUGAUUCAUGAUGUUGUUGGUGAACGAGACUUGUUGCAUAAGGUCUUAACGGAGAAGCGGGCUGGAAUAUAUGUCGGAAUCGACCCGACUGCCCCCUCAAUGCACGUUGGACACAUGCUUCCUUUCAUGGUUCUGGCCUGGGGAUACGUCUGGGGCUUACCUGUCACAUUCCUACUCGGCGGUGCUACUUCUAGAGUCGGCGAUCCCAGCGGGCGCCUCAAGGGCCGAGACGCUGUUCAUUCCUCAAUCCGAAAAGCAAAUAUGGCUAGCAUGCAUAUGCAGUUGAAGAAGUUGGGCUCCAGCAUUGAGCAGUACGGCAGGAGACACGGACACGAGAAAAACCCGAUGUGGAAGCGGGCGUUGACAAACAACAACACUUGGUGGAACUCGAUGCCUUUCCUUGAAGUCUUGCGAGACCUUGGCGCUUUCAUGCGACUUGGCCCCAUGCUCGGUAGAGACACUGUCAAGACACGAUUGAACCAAGGAGAUGGCAUGUCAUUUGCUGAGUUUUCCUACCCUAUCCUCCAGGCCUGGGAUUGGUGGACACUGUUCCAAAAGGGCACUCAAAUCCAAGUCGGAGGUGCCGACCAAUACGGAAAUAUCUUGUUCGGCAUGGAGGCUGUCAAGUCUAUCAGCCGAAACACUGCCGACGAACAAAUCCGCAACCCAUUAGAAUCAGAACUCGAUCGGCCGAUCGGUUUCACCACGCCGCUACUGACAACCGCGUCCGGGGAGAAGCUUGGAAAGUCUGCCGGAAACGCUGUUUGGCUUGACAAGGACCUGACUUCUACAUUCGAGCUUUACCAGUACUUCGUGCGCACGCCUGACGAUGUUGUCGAGCAGUACCUCAAGCUGUUCACUUUCAUCCCCUUGCCUGAAAUCGCCACCAUCAUGAAAGAGCAGAACAAGGAUCCAUCUAAGCGCGUUGCGCAGCACAAGCUCGCCCUUGAGUUUGUCGAGCUUGUCCAUGGCAAGGCCGAAGCUGAUGCCGUGGCUCUCCAACACCGCCAGCUUUUCCGUCCCCGAUCCUCAACUGCAGAGCCCACUCCUCUUCUCAAGUCAUCCCCUCCUCAAGCUGGUCACCCACAAUCUCCCACUGCUGGCUUCCAGACUCCUCAAUCUGGGAAUCCGUAUGCUCCUCAAACAAACUGGGCCAACAUGGGCGAUAUCAAGGUCACCCUGCCCGAAUCUCUGGUUUUCAACCAGCCAUUCAACAAGAUUCUGUGGUCAGCCGGCCUUGUUUCAUCCAAGAGCGAGGGCCACCGAGUCAUCGUUAACAACGGUGCCAAAGUUGGAAGCCGUCCUGGUGACAGUGGGCCCAUGUCGGACCAAUUGUCUUUCACCCCCAUCCGGCCGUGGGACGCAGAGAAAACAAAGGAAUUUGUCUUAAAUGGCAAUCUCCUCAUGCUCAAGCUGGGCAAGUGGAAGCUCAAGGCUGUUCACAUUGUGACCGACGAAGAAUACCGCGCGCAAGGGCUCACAGCUCCUGGAUGGGAGACCGAGGAGAUUGAACCCACUGAGCCGACAGAGCCGACCAAGUCGGAUUAA